CACGAGGACUGCGCGAUGUUGCAGAGUCACUGCGACUGCUGCUUCGACUGUAAACAAGGGUGAGGAGAACAGAACAGUCGCCAUUUAAGCUAACGUUUGGCUUCAACAUCCGUGCUUUCGAUCCCUGUCGUUGUUUUUGGUAUUGAUAUUAAUUCGUGGGUUAUGUCAUGGUACCGAGUGGAAACAGAAACACUUUAAAUAAUAAGCGAUUCAGUUUCGUGUUUUCCCCGCAACGGAGACGAGGUCGCACAGAGCUAACUUUAGCCCCUUAGCAAGCUAGCUUUAGUCCGUUAGCUAGCUAGCUUUAGCCGUCAGUUGGCUCGUCAACAUCCAAAAGGCCCCGGUGUUCACGUUACAUCUCUCUCUUAACUGUACCCACAAUAUCCUGAACCCUGGGUGGCUGGUCAGAGCAACCUCCUCCCACCAUGGAGGCAGGAGGCAAGGACUGCGAGGAGGACACGCUGCAGACGGCGUUUAAGAAGCUGAGGGUUGACGCUGAGAGUUUACCCGGAGCUGUGAGUGUGUCGGAGGCAUUUGUGCCCAGGGCGACGUCACGUGCUUCUCUCGACGCCAGCGGAGCGAAGCCCAAACUCGGCUGCCCGAAGGACAACUGGCACGGCUGCAUGAGGAAAACGUCCAGAGGAGCAUCCAGAACGCAGCGGCGCCGGCGGUCCAAGUCCCCUAUCCUCCACCCUCCAAAGUUCACCUACUGCAGCACCGCCGCGGCCUCCGCCCUGCCGACCCCCAGUGGCGGCCUAAAGCACCAGCGCCUAGCCGAGCCCUCGGAGCCCUGCCCCCCCAGCGACGGGAGGACGCUCCCUGGCGCCGCCGUCCCGGCCCCAAACGAGCUCUCCUCCUCUGGCGCCGUCGGCCACCUCUCCCCUCUGGUUUUCGGCUCUUGUGGCUACGAGACGCGCGCCGCGGCGCCGGAGAUCGCCGCUGCGACGGCGUUGUCCAGGCGGGACGGAGAGGGAAGCCAGUCGAGCGAAGAAAGCGACCCGGAGAAGAGCGGCGGGGGAGGAGCGGAGGCCGCAGAAGGAGCACCAGCAGCGACUCGCGGCGCGGAAGCCGCUGACUUCCGAGCGCUGUCCGAGCGCCACGGCGCCGCCUCGGCGGAGGGCCCCUGCCCGUGUGGCUGGAAGAAGAGCUGCGGUCCCCAAGGCGAGGACGAGACGACAGGCGGAGGGGGGGCGGAGUCCGAGUGCCGCUGUGGGCCCCUCCGUCAGGGCUGGCAGGGUGUGGAGGUCUACUCCUUCACCGGGCUCCGCGACGUCAUAUCCGAGUGCGAGAGGAGCCUGCCGGGCCGCGAGGGCGCGGACAGAACUCUCGGUGGCGCCGCCGCCUCCUCCUCCUCCUCGCCGCCUUCGUCGUCCUCGCCGCUGUCGUCCGGCUCCCCGCGCUCGUGUUCAGAGCAGGCGAGGGCCUUCGUCGACGACAUCACGAUAGAGGACCUUUCCGGCUACAUGGAGUAUUACCUCUACAUCCCCAAGAAGAUGUCACACAUGGCUGAGAUGAUGUACACUUAAGAAAUAUUAAGACAUCAGGAGGACACCGUUGGGUUUUGUUUUGUGCUGCUGGGGGGGGCGGGGGGGGGGUUGUCUGUAGCGGGUAGACGAACGGUUCAGGCCGGAAAGUAAUUUAAGUAAACCGCGUUCACACAGGUUACAAAUGUUUCCAUUUUCUCUCUUUCUGUUUACCCCCAUCCCUAAAAAAUUAUUUUUAUCAACGUCGACAGAAACCGACCACUCCCCCCUCUAUUUGCCAUUUUAUUUUAUUGUGCCCAUUUAAAAUGUUCUGUUGCUCUUGGUGCACAUAAAGGAGAAUGGAUGCAAACUGCCUGUGAUCAGCUGUCUGGAUUAAUUUCACUCAAUAAAGCAGCAAAGUGCUUUUGACAGCG